UACGUACAAGCCGUACGUAGCUUUAACCACACAUUGUGACAUAAUGCCGGGUCAAAUUUCAUCAAAUACUUCAAAAAAGCAGUAAAAAUUCGCCGUUUACAAAUUACCAGUUUCUAGUGUCUCCUAUUUAUCAGUUAUUUAUUACAUAAUUUAGAUAUUACGCUUUUUGCUUCAUUACGUAAGUCGCCCUAACCUCACUUUAUCAAAAAAAUGGGGAACACAGUCUCAGCGGCCGAAAUCGCCGCCUCCCAAAUCGUGCACCCCAACACUAGUCUCCACCAGAAUGCCAAAAAGCACGAGUUUCACAAAACCUUCACACACGGGGAAAUACCGCCGGAGUGUCCCAUGCACCGGCCCAAGGGGGCGUCGGAGUGUCCCGUCAACCAUGGCGAGAUCAACCCACUUAACAUGAUGGGGCCAGCCAACCAGAACCCAUCGCCGGGACAACCCUUCCCGCUGCCCACCGAAAGACAAGUCUCCAACAUUCCGAAAGCCAUCGUCCAGGAGGGGGAGGCCCCCUUCUGGGUGUACCCCAGCCAACAAAUGUUUUGGAACGCAAUGUUGCGUAAAGGGUGGCGUUGGAAGGACGGGGACGUUACGCAAAAGGACAUGGACGAUAUUAUCAAAAUCCACAACGCGAAUAACGAGCAGGCGUGGCUUGAAGUCCUAAAAUGGGAGGCGCUACAUGCCAAAGAGUGUGGUAACCCAAAAUUGAAAAGUUUUGGCGGGAAAGCAACCACUUACAGCCCUAGAGCUCGAAUUCGAUGGUUGCUAGGUUACGAAUUGCCAUUUGAUCGCCAUGAUUGGAUUGUUGACAGGUGUGGCAAGGAAGUGAGGUAUGUCAUAGACUACUACGAUGGCGGUAUGGUUGACCAGAAAUAUCAGUUUGCGUUGUUGGAUGUGAGGCCUGCUAUGGAUAGCUUUGAGAACAUUUGGGAUAGGAUGACUGUGGCUUGGUGGCGAUGGCGGUACGGCGAUUAAUAAACCGUGAAGAAUCACACAAAUAGUCAAGUUCGUCUCGUGUUUUGUAUCUAUUUAUCUUAAUUCGUAAUAAAGCACUUUUUGCGUUUUA